UGAGAAUGUUUGAGCUGCCUUUCGAAGGGCAAAGAAGUCAUUCUGCUUCUGGCCACCAUGUCUACUCCUAAUGAAGAACAAAGCAAUAUGGCUAGUAACGGUAGUAGUCAUGGAGGAUCUAGGAAACGGCGAAAAGCGGCCCGUCUCAGGAAUCAACCAGCGUCCGUCGAGGCUGCUGCAGCAGAAGCUGCAAGUGAAGUGGAUGACUCUACACGAACCCCUAAACAUGUUGGACUACUGGAUUUCGCCAACGCCAGGGUGUCUGAGCUACAGACCAUGAUGAAAGCAGUGAAGACGUCGACAGGCACGCGACGGGUGUCACAAGCUCUUCCUCGUCACAUGAGAAGAAGGGCUGUCAGUCACAAUACCAAGCGAUUACCAGUUCGACUGAGAGCUGCAGCAUUGAGAGAAAUUGAAAAGCAAACCAAUGGCGACAAGGCACCCAGUCGACGGCACAAGCGGCGACCGAGUAACCUGGCCAGUGACUUCGCUCGUCGGCAGCGCAAGAUUGGCUGGCUGGAGACUCACCUGUGGCAUGCCAAGCGCAUGCACAUGAAGGAGCUGUGGGGUUAUCGGCUGGCAGACAGGCCGUGUGACAAGGGCCGCAGGGCAGCAUUCCGAGCGACGUCGCGCGGCUGCAUGAUGGCUGAUGCGUCUUACUACAGCUGCAUCGAGCUAUGUGGCACUCAGGAGGACAUUUGCCAGGCGAUGCAAUCACUGACGAGUUGUAAAUGCGGACCUUCUAUCAGAGCUGCACAGUACUUGCCUGGCCAGCGAGAGGGCACUAUUUUACUGUUCAAACGCGAUGCAUAUCCGCACGGUGCGCUUGGGCCAGUGCAAUUCCUGUGGCAGCCACUGCCAUCUGGGGACAGUGAGCCUGCAGCGAAGCGAGUGAAAAGAGCUGACGACACCGCUGGUCCAAGACGUCGCCUUUGGCUCUGGAUACACCCGUCCAUGCUAGACGAUGCCCUAGAGGAGUUUAAUGCUGCUUUUCAGGUCGCUGAUGUGUCUGUGUCAAGUCUGCAGCAUGAUCUGUGCCGUUUCAGUCUGUACGGUCCCAAAUCUACCGCACUGCUGAAGGAAGUGUUGGAGUGCUACGAUGCGGGUGCAGAACUUCCUGAUGCCGAUGCAUCGUCCACUGGCUCUGAUGAAUGGUGGUCAACACAGUCGGAUUGGCAGAGCACUGCAGAGGAAAAUGCCAGAACGUGGCAUACGCACAGUUUGUUCCCACAGCGUACAGUCAUCGGAUUGGUGGUGUGUGAUCCGCGGCUGGGCCUGCCCAACAAGCGAAGAGGCCUGUCGACAAUUUCGUCAGCGAUCACUGCCGAUCAGGAUAUGUCCGAGCUAUUGGUUCAGGAUGUCCCUGCAAGACUUUGUGGAUCUCAUCUCUGGGAUGGCAAUGUUCGCCACCAGGUGAAACAGACCAAGCUGAGUGAACAACAAUUCAACAAGCUGCGCACUGCUAUGCGUGCAUCGCCGGAAGAGUGUCCCGUUUCCACUCUGAGCCACUCCAUGGUUCCGCUUCUCCUAUGCCGUCAUUCCCAAGGAUUUGGCUGGGAUAUCAUCAUACCCUCUGGGUGGGCAAUGGCGUUUUGGGUUCCGCUUGUUUACCAUGGUGUGCGCACUGGUGGCCAGCAAGAGCUGCGGCAAUUGAAACUGGAGGCGGGCAUACCGUUUUUUCCUCAGGACAGCUUUGACACAACGGCAGGAAGGCGGCAUGCGCACGCAGAGCACUUGGCCGCCGAAGCAGUGUAUCUACGCCACCCACCAGCGAAACGCGUCUCGUUUCCGCAGCUUGCUAUCGAACGUCCGUUUCGUCUUGCAUGGGAAGAUGUGCUGGCUGCAUUUCCUUCGGAUUCCUCUUCUAAAGGAGAGUGCAUCUUACGUGAUGCGUCUAUCCUGCGUCAGCUAAACAAGCUGGUAUCAAUGCUUGGCAAGGCCGGUCCAAUGAAACAACAGCCAGUAUCUUUCUGUCAACAACUGUCCAGCUUGAAGGAAGCAUGUACUGCCGCUGCUGCAACGACAGCCAACUCCUUUGUGCCUGUAAGUCUGGAAACCUCCGGCCGAGGCGUGUUUGUACAUGGUGCAACCAUAAGCAUGCCGAUUGCAGAAGAUCUGAAGAUGUCCUCGGCGUCGUCAUCGCCAAGUCCUGUACAGCCCAGACUCAACCCCAAGUCUAACUCUGUUGCCGUCCAGUGUAUCAGUGACGCCAGCAAAACCAUCCCCUGUGCGUCGCAGCCGCCAUGCAGGACUACUAUUGGCUUUGUUAGCAACGGCGUUCAUUCUCUUGGUCGGGGAAAUAGCUUUGCUGUCGGCUUUUGUGGACUUCCUGCUCUGUUGUCAUGGCUAUCACUUCUCGCUGAGAGCAAAGCAUCUUCACCGAUAGUCCUGCUUCGAAACUGUAAUUCUUAUCAGUAUCGAAGUGCUGUCUUGAAAGUUCUCACUGAUGUGGUUGUAUGAGUGCUAAACUGUGCAUUCUGUGGCCAUAUUCAGAAUAUCCCAGUGUAACUGCUUGCAUGUCAUGUCAGUAUAUCCUGCCCUGCAGUUGUAAUGUCUGAACAUGUUGCUUUUGUCUUUGUUGCUCUCAUUGUCGCUCUCAUUGUCGCUCUCGUUGUUGCUCUGCGUUGUGUUUCAUGUCUACUCAUCAGUUCAGUAGUUCAUGGAACUCUUGUAGAUUUCUAAUUUCUGUUUGUUUAGGAUAAUCCUGUCCUUUUCUAGGCUUUACUGGUCACCUUUAUCUUUGAUCUUUGUUGAGUGUCAUGUUUUUUCCCUAUGCUGCCAUUCUGCUUGUAACGUUUCUGUAUUCGUCUACAUGUGUAUUAGUACACAGUGGGCAGGUCAGUACUGUAUCCGGUUCCCUUUGAUCGCUGGACUUGAGUUAUCUAUUAUGGAGUGAUCUUGAACUUUUUGUCAAGCUGGAUUUAUCUUGCAUUUUCUUUUCUUUUUUUAGCUUGAUUUUUUAACCCUAGCUAUGCUGCAGGUCAGCAGUUAAUUAAAAAAAGUUUGUCUGUAAUCCGUCAA